GCUCGUUGGCGCAAUGUCAACCAAGACGAUCCUUUUGGUGGGUACGGUCGCAACGGAGACGUUCCGUGUGUCGCUCUAGAACGUUUCCCAGCUGUUGAGACUGCGAAUAGACUCGAGCGGCACUUUUCGCAGAUCCGUGAGAGGGGUAUGGAGACGGGAGCACGAUUACAACAGAAAUGGAUGAAAGGCAGGACGACGAUGGGAGUUGGGGAAUCGCCACCUCCUAGGUCGCUUUCGCCAGUUGCGGAGGUGAUUGAAAACAAGAGGCUUGCCGCUCUUGCCAGUCCUCAACGCAGUAAGACUUCAUCUAGUGAUAUAGCCGCUGGACGUGGUUCUGCUGGCCAACUAGAAAGACCAACCUCUAGCAAAGCAAAAACUAAAGAUCAUCAGCUGAAAACGCACCAGGCAGCUCCAAAAUUAACGUCUUCUGGAACUGCUAUUACUGCCGUUCAACCACGACCUAGAAGAUCGGCAAGUAAAACGCCACCAGCGACGUCUCAGUGCCCUUCGCGCAGAUCUCCAUCUAAAAUGAACAAGAAUGCUGGUUGUAGUUCUGAAAAUAUCGGCAAGAAGGCUCCUUCUAGAAAUGCACGAGUAGAGAAGAAGAAAGGAGAUGAAAGCAAUGCUCAUCUUCACCAGCAACAGCAACCUCGUACCCGUUUCCAACUUCCACUUCCCACAGGGGAUCCUCU